AUGCGUUCGUUUAAUGCAUGCUGUAUUGAAGAAAAACCUGCUGCUCAUCUCUACGGGAAUGGCGGCACCAGUACUCUUACAAGCGGUACUCGUGUUACCUACUGGUCAACUAGUACAUCACCUCCAGGUUUUCUUCGAGGAGGAACUGUCUACAAUAAUGGAUACAUUACAGUUCCACGUGACGGAUUGUAUUAUGUAUAUUCUCAAUUUUGGUAUGACCGACGUAGCGGUCAAAAUUACUGCUCAUUUAUCAUCCAGUUGAACGACAGAAAAAUUGGAAGAAGUUUUCACUAUCAGCAAAACCCUGGUGGUUACGACGAAAGUCAAUACACAGGAGUAACGGUUAUGCUGACAGCUAACGACCGGCUCUCUGUGAGUGUGGGAAAUACGUGUUACUAUGAAUUUCACAAGGGUGGCGAUACGUUUUUCGGAGCAUUCUACAUUGGUUAA